UGGUGCCAUGUCUCCCUCCUCCCUCCUCCUGGCUCCUUAUAGCACCGGAGCAGCAGGAGUGCCAGACGAGUGGUACGGACAUCGCCGACGGAGACUGCAGCAUCCCCCGUUUGAACACGGUCUCAUGACUGCAGGCUGCUGCACACAGACACUGACACAGCUGGAGGGAACAGGAGCCUCCUCACGUCAGCACAGGAGUUUCUUGUUUUAGCCAACCCACCAUGACAUUUUCCCACAUGUGUCAGCUGUCAGUCACUUCGCUCUUUGUUCUUGUGUGGCUGGCGGAGAAGAGCCACAGCAGCGGUGGCCUCCAGGACAGCAUGGCACAGCUGCAAACCAGGUUUGCUGUCAGUUUCUACCAGACACUUGCCGAGACGGAGAACAGCUCCAACUUGGUCGUGUCCCCAGCAAGCGUGUCCUGGUCCCUGGGGCUUCUGCAGCUCGGUGCCAGAGGCGGCACACUGCUGCAGCUGGAGGCAGCACUGGGGUACAAUGUGAACGAUGUCCAGAUACAAAACUUCCUUUUGCAUUCACACGCUGAUGUGAGCGACAGCAGCCAGGGCACGUGGCUGCAGAGGACGUGUACGUUGCUCAUUCAGAGUGGGAUCCAGCUGCUCUUUGAUUUUACCCAGCAUGCAACAGCCUGGGCCAACACCAGUCUGCUCCGAGCCAAUUUCAGCCAAAGCAGGCACAGUGACAGCCCCGUGGAACAGUCCGGGUACAGCCACGAUGAGACGUGGCCCCUACAGGCAGGCAGCACCAGUGGGGAGCUCUCUGGUUCAGGUGAGGCCCAGGGAGAUGAUGUGUUGUGGGGCCACAGACUGCAGAUGGCCCUGAUCACCACCGUGGCCUUCCAGGGCGUCUGGCAGAAACAGUUUGUCUUUAGCAACACUCACAACCUGCCCUUCAUUCUCCCUGACGGAAGGUCCAUCAAAGUGCCCAUGAUGUACCAGGCAGCAGAGGUCCGCUUUGGCCAGUUCCGGACGGUGUUGGGUCAGUGGUACACUGUACUGGAGCUACCCUUCCUAGGACACUUGCUGUGUCUUCAGGUGAUCCUCCCAAGUGAAAGAAAGACACUACUGUCCUCCCUGGAGUCCCAGCUCACCACACGUCAGCUGUCCUCCUGGGAUACGGGUCUACGCAGGACCAAGAUGGACAUUUUCAUGCCCAGGUUUAAAAUGCACAACAUGUUCAACCUGAGGUCUGUGCUCCUCUCCAUGGGCGUCAGUGAUGCUUUUAACCCCACUGCAGCCGACUUCACUGGAAUAUCACUGGAGAACCGUCUGUACAUAUCUGAUGCCUUUCAUGAGGUCAGAAUAGAAGUCAGAGAAGAAGGCAUGAAGGCAGUGGCAGCUACAGCUAUGGUACUCCUGAAACGCUCGCGUGCUCCUGUUUUUAAGGCUGACCGGCCAUUUGUGUUCCUGCUGCGACAAAUCAACACAGGAUCCAUCUUGUUCAUGGGCCGUGUGGUGAACCCGGCUGCCUGAGCCCCCUGAUCACUGAGAACUCUUCAAACCUUUCCUAUUUCACCACUAUUUAUUUGUGGACCAAGCAGAGGCUUCAUUAAGAGGGACAAUUUUUUUUUGUACAGAUGUGUAAAUAAAAUUUUAAUACAUUUUUA